CGUCGUCCCCACGGAGGUGAAAAUCCGCUUCAUCGACAUGCUGUCGGAGACGGGGCUGCCGGUCAUCGAGGCCACCAGCUUCGUGUCCCCCAAGUGGGUUCCUCAGAUGGCAGACCAUGCAGAAGUCCUGAAAGGAAUUGAGAAGUUUCCUGGCGUGAGCUACCCAGUCCUGAUCCCAAACCUGAAAGGCUUCCAGGCAGCGGUCACAGCAGGCGCCAGAGAGGUGUCCAUCUUUGGAGCAGCAUCGGAGCUGUUCAGUAAGAAGAACAUUAACUGUUCAAUAGAUGAGAGUCUCCAGAGGUUCAGUGAAGUGAUGGAGGCAGCAAGAGCGGCAAACAUUCCAGUGCGAGGAUACGUGUCUUGUGUUCUUGGCUGCCCUUAUGAAGGCAAGAUUGCCCCUGCUAAAGUAGCAGAGGUGGCGAAGAAGAUGUACGCGAUGGGGUGCUACGAGAUUUCCCUUGGUGACACCAUUGGGGUCGGGACCCCUGGGAGCAUGAAGGAGAUGCUGGCUGCAGUCAUGAAGGAGGUGCCUUUGGGGGCUCUUGCUGUUCACUGCCAUGACACCUACGGGCAGGCUCUGGCCAACACCUUAGUUGCCCUUCAGAUGGGCGUGAGCGUGGUCGACUCCUCGGUCUCUGGUCUGGGAGGCUGCCCCUAUGCACAAGGAGCCUCAGGAAACGUAGCCACAGAGGACCUGGUGUACAUGCUUGAUGGGCUUGGCAUUCACACGGGUGUGGAUCUGCAGAAGCUGAUGGACGUGGGUGCGUUUAUUUGCAAAGCGCUGAACAGAAGAUCGAAUUCCAAAGUGGCCCAGGCCGCCUGCCGCCUGUGACGUCUGUCAGCUCAGCCUGGGACAAGUCCAUGCAGCCCACGGCCAUGAAGACCUAGAGUCAGCCAAGUUGCAUUUGCUCUCUGGGUUGCUCUUAAAUACCCCUUUUUCAGGCUCAGGACUGGGUAGAGGGAAGGUCAUGCAGCAGAAUCCACAAGUGCCAUUAACAGCCCUAGACAGGCUCCCUAAACUGCCCCCUUGUGCAGGGGAGGCUGAGGCCAUGAACACACAGCAGCUUCCUUCCCCACCCCCCAGGCCCUCGCCCCAUGUCUGCUCAGGGGACUCUGCCGGGAGGGGUGCUACCAGGCAAGUAUCGGCACAUCGAGUUGGAGCCUCCCCUGGGCCAGCCGGGCUGCCCCCGGGGGUGCGACAGGCUCCUCUUCUCCCACCGGGAGCAAAGACUCGUGCCGGAGACGCAAGGAAGUGCCUUUCCUGGGACCGAGCUGAAGGCUGAGCUCCCGCUCUGGGUCUUCGCUCCUGGUCUUCUUGCGUCCUCUCUAGUGUAGAAAACCGCUCGUGUCCUGGAGUGUUCUUGACCAGGGAAAAUGCAUUGAAAUCGGACCGAAGCCGCUUGGUGAAGGAGGGAACGGCUCCGGCUGUGCUCCUCCUGUAACGAAUUUCAGACAAAUAAAGGUUAUUCAGAAGCGC